AUGGAGGAGGAGGGAGUGGGAAAGAUGAAACGCUUACACCUGUGCAUCGGAAGUUUUCUGCUUUCCUUUGGGAUCAUCUCCAUUUUCUUGGGAGUCAUCACCUUCUUCCCAGUUUUUACCUUCAAGCCCUGGUUUGCCGGAUGGAGUGGCAGGAUAGCAUGUCCUAUCUGGAACGGAGCUGUGGCUUUCAUCGUGGGAGUUCUUAUAUUGCUUGCAGAGAGAGACCACAUCUCACAAUAUCUGAGAGAAGUCAGCUUCAUCUUCGCUAUUGUCAAUCUAAUCGCUUCACCCCUCCAAUUCAUCAUUGCUCUGGCUGCCAUCCUGAUUGGUCCAUUCUGCGACUACAGCUUGGCGGGUAUUUCAGGCACAGAAUACCUGGGAUACGCCGUCCAGUUUCCAUACCAAUACACUCUUCCCAUUGUCUGUGUGGACCCUCUAUUUUAUGAGUACUACCACCUCGUCCUUCAGAUCGUCAAUCUGAUCAUCAGCACUGCCAUGUUCUCCCUGAGUCUGGUUUUCUGCAUCAGGCUGACAGCAAGAUUCAAGUCAACAGGAACUCUCACCGUACGUAUUGUGGACAUUACCCUGACUCUUUCAGCCAAGAGGCAAAAUGAUUGA